CACGACCUUUGCAUUUGUAUCGCUGUUUCGGCCGGCCCCUCUCUAUCGCGCACAGAUUUCAUACGCAUCUCCAUCUCACGGUGUGAAGUGCGACCGAUGGUUGGCCUGUUGCAGGAUCGAGACGAAGGCAACGGCAAAAUAGGUACAAGCAUCUACAGAGAAACCAAUGAGCCGGGGCAUGACAUGAACAGGACCAAGUGCCUCGGACGGAUAGGGCGUACGGCAACGGCGCAUAGCGAAUAGUUAGACGCCCAGCGAAAGGAAUCGAGGUGCAAAAACAUCACUGAUAAACAUUCCCACGACAUCUGUUUGCGCUGCAUGCCGUCACCCUGAGCUGGUUGGUACACUUGUUACCCCAAUUCUUGGCCUCUCUGGAAUGUGGUCACAGUCCCGUUCAUCCGUCUUGACUUGGACUUUCGCUAUGAGAACGGGAGCAUCAUGCACAAUUCAAUUGACAGCAUGUGUCCGCGCCUAUACACUACCUUACCUUGGUCCGACCGCCCGCCCGUCCGCUCAUCCAUCACACACGAAGACGGCCGAUCAAGAAGCAGAAGAGAACAGACUGGACUUUGUCCGUCUCAUGUCAGGUUCCGCCCGGAGACGAGGCUAAUCCCCAUGAAGACGGGUGUGCUCACUCCAGACCCCGGGGCUACCGCUGCUGCAGCACUGGGCUGCGAGUCUGCGACGACCC